GAAAACUCUGUUAUAUAAUUCAAACACACACACACACACAUAUAUAUAUGCAUAUAUGUAGAUUUUGUAGAUUGUAAAAUAGAAUUUGGGUUUUGGACUAAGUUUUACAAACUGUUCUUGGUAUAAAGGGUAAUUGUUUACCUAGAUGGAUGAGUAUGGUGGUAAAAGAGGUGUUGAUGGGCUUGGAAAGGGAUCAGGUCUGGUUUUGAACGAUCAUGUUAAUAACAGAGAACGAAAUGCUCGGUUUUGCAAUCGAAUUGGAUGCGGUGCCGGGCUAAACUCCAUGAAUGAUACUCGAAAUGGGUGCUCAAGAAAUGGAAAGGGAAUAAUUGGAAGUUCCUCUAGAGUAAACCCUACUGUUAGUAACAACAGAAAAUCCUCUAUAAAUCCUCAGAAGAAGCUAUCAUCUCAGCUGGAAACUAGUAGUGUUCGGGAUGAAUUGCAAGUGUCGGAGCUCGUUCCACAGUCUGAAUCUGGAAAUGUGGAUUCCUGGGAAGUGCGAAGUUCUAGUGUGGCAUCGAGCACAAGUUCGAGGAGAAACAUGAUUCAGAGAUCUCCAAGUGCUUCUGUGGGCUUGGCAACUCGUGCUAACGCAAGCAGGUAUGGUUUGAGAAAUUUAAGAUGUAAGUCCAUAUCCGAUGUUGUCCCGUCUGGUUGUUCAUCAUCAGAUUCAAGCAUUAUAAGAAGGGAAGACACGGUUAAAACGAGAAACUCUGAUGGAGAGGGAAGUUCCUCCGGUUCCAGUAGGGGAAAGAAGUUAAGUGGGUCAUCUUUGGAGGGACAGAACAACGGUCCUAGUCAUGGUGUUUUUAUUUCUGCCGAUUCAAGGCAAGCCAGAAACUGGAGAGAUAGUGGUGUUGCUUAUUCAGUUCGGACUAGGAGGUCAAACAGUAGUUAUGGUAGACGGGGAUUCCCUAACCAAGCAAAUGGAAAUAGGUUAAGUUCGAACGAGUACCAUGUGAUCAUGCCCCAAGUGCCUCGAUCUGAUAUACCUAUCAAUUUGAAUGAUCCUGUUUCCACAGAAAUUGCCUCGACUCGUGCUAGUUCUUACAGUCAACCAGAUAAUAUAAGUGAGAGUUUACUCGAUAUCAUGCCAUCUAGUCCUUCAGAAAUAGGUGUUAACCGUGAUAGCUUCUGGCACUACAAUAUUGAUGGCAUUGGGGAGGUUUUAUUAGCAUUAGAGAGGAUCGAACAAGAUGAAGAUUUGACACAUGAGCAAUUACUUGCUCUAGAGACCACCUUGUUUCUUGAUGGCCUAAACUUUUACGACCAGUAUAGUAACAUGAGGCUGGAUAUAGACAAUAUGUCAUAUGAGGAAUUACUAGAUCUAGAAGAAAGGAUGGGUAAUGUGAGCACUGUGCUAUCAGAAGAAGCAUUGUCAAAAUGCCUUAUGAAAAGCAUCUAUGAAGGUACUAGUGUCGACUGUGACGGUGAAAAGGAUGUUACCAAAUGUAGUAUCUGUCAGGAAGAAUAUGUAAAUGGAGAUGAAGUAGGGAUGUUGCAGUGUGAGCAUAGGUAUCACGUGACGUGCGUACAGAAUUGGCUGCAGGUGAAGAAUUGGUGCCCUAUUUGCAAAUUUUCGCCCCAUAAUUGAGUUGAAGUUGAAUAGAAAUCAAAGGGACAAAGUACAAACUGGUACAUUGUUUUCUUUAAGUAUGUAAAUACGAAAUCCCUUUCAUGUCAGUCAAGUAAUAAGGCAAUGGAAAGAACUCAUUCGUCUAUAAAUUUAAUGUGAAUCAGACAAAUGUUACUUACCGAGCGUGACCGGUUUGUCUCUUGGCAACUGCCCUUUUCCCAUUCCAGAUGUUUAGGCAUCAGAAUGCAGAAAAUUGCAAGCAUUCUGCAACGCGACCAACCUAGCAUGAUGGUUCUGCAAGUGCAACUUCAUACAGGAAUUCUAAACAAGGGACAACUUCAUAUAUAUCCAAUCAACAAUCAACAACAGUAGUUUUAUAUCCAUCAAUCAACAAUAGUUGUUUGCAAAUUCACAUAUAGGACAGUAAUCUUUCCUUUUAGUGCCCAAGACAAAAAGUUGCCUUUUUUUUCUUUGCUUUUGAUGUUUAGAGAUUAACUUAAAUGGUGAAUGAUAUUGAUAGGCUAAUAUUAGCUACAAUAAGAGAGUAGCAAAUUGGUUUGCCUUUGCUGAAUACAUAUAUGCGUAUAUGUGUGUGUAUGUAUGUAUAUACAUAGAACUAAUUGUAGAUGUAGAACCAUCAAAAAUGGAAAGAAAGAAAAAAAAGGAUUGGGGAAAAUGAAGAAAGAUUAAGAAGCAAGGUUCUGCAAACAAGGCCAGGCUAUGAAUUGAAAGCCUGUUGUUAUUUUGCAGUUAUAAAAAAGGUAAAACACUUCUUUCCCUUCCGUGUACUAGCUUAUCCCGUGUUCCAAAAGAGAGCAUAACAUACAUAACCUAUACCAUCUUAGAAUACUUACCAUAAUACAAAUUCCUGUUUCAUUAUUUUUUUUCUCAUAACAUCGGCCAUACUCCAUAGGCCUCGUUCAUCAUCAACAUUUUCUUUGUAGCAAGGGAGGGAAGAUCAUGAAUGAUCCUUUGUUUGUCUCAAAUUAAAAUGCAUAUCGUCAUCAUCUGCGGUGGCUUUAGCUUUAAACUGUGUAAUGCUGCUGAAUAGUAUCGAUAUCAAGUCCCUUCAGCUUCACAACUGAUUCAACAUGACCCUUCA